ACGUAAACGACUGUAUUUUAUCAACUGUGCAUAUUUUGAAAUUGAAAUUUGUUUGCGAAUAAUGUCGAAAUUAAUCAAAUUUAGUAUUGUUUUGUUGUUAGUGGCUUCGGUAGCGAGUGCCGUUCCAAUUGAAAAUAAAGAGUCUGCAUUGGAUUUCAUCCUGUUGCACAAUAAUGAUUUGCACGCACACUUCGAAGAAAUGUCAGAUUCCGGCAGUGAAUGUUCACCGGAAAAGGCUCUAGAACACAAAUGCUACGGUGGAUUUGCGCGAGCUGCAACUCUCAUUAAACGAUAUCGAAACGAUCAUCAGACAAGGAAUGGGUUGCCGGUUAUGUUUCUAAAUGGAGGCGAUACAUACAGUGGAACACCUUAUUUUCAAAUGUUCAAAGACAAAAUUGCAUCGGAAUUCAUGAACAUAUUGAAACCGGAUGUUGCCACGUUAGGAAAUCAUGAUUUCGAUCUGGGAAUAAAUGGACUUUUGCCGUUUUUGAGCAACGUCAGUUUCCCGAUAGCUGUGGCCAAUUUGGAUAUUCCGGACGAUCAUCCUCUGAUGCAAACUCAUUCGGUGCGGCCAUCAGUUGUGUUUAAUGUGAAUGGCACAAAGGUUGGAGUCAUUGGAUACAUAACACCGGAUACAAAGAAUAUAUCAAAAAGCGAAGAUGUUAUUUUUUCAAACGAAAUCACUGCGAUCAAUAAGGAAGCAGAGACAUUGACGAGUCAAGGCGUUAAGAUAAUCAUUGCAUUGGGUCAUUCGGGUUAUGUCGUGGAUCAGGAAAUAGCGAGAGAAUGUCCGCUGAUCGAUUUAGUUGUGGGAGCACAUUCGCAUACCUUUUUAUACACCGGAACACCGCCCGAUCCAAAUGACAAACCACUCGGCCCAUAUCCAACCAUAAUUGAACAGCCAAAUGGGAAAAAAGUUCCUGUUGUCCAAGCGUCUUGUUAUGCAAAAUACUUGGGCAAGCUAGAAUUGAGUUUCGAUGAGGACGGAAACUUGAUUCGUUGGAGUGGUCACCCCAUAUUAUUAGAUUAUCAAAUACCACAAGAUGCAGAAGUACUUGAAUUAUUGGCCAAAUAUCGUCCAAGUGUUGAAGCUCUAACCAAAGAUAUUAUUACCUAUUCAAAAGUUGAAUUAAAAAGAGAUUGUCGUGAUUUCGAUUGUAAUAUUGGAAAUUUGAUAACUGAUGCAUGGGUCUAUAAUGGCGUACAAAUGUAUGAUAGAUCAGAUGCCGCAUGGACGGAUGCUUCAAUUGCUUUUAUCAAUGCUGGGGGAAUUCGUAGUGGUGCUUCAAUUGGAAAUCUUUCAAAAUUCACACUUUCAACAAUAUUACCAUUUCAACAUACAUUGUGUAUUGUGCGCAUUCCUGGACGUGAAGUGAAAGAAGCUUUAGAGCAUACAAUGAAAGGAUUCGUACUUGGUGAUUAUACGCGAGGCUAUUUGCAAAUGUCUGGUUUGCGUGUCGUUUUCAAUCUGCAGAAAGAAGAGGGCCAACGUGUUCAUUCUGUUGAAGUGUUGUGUGCCAACUGUAGUGUACCGGCAUACGAACCACUUGAUGAACAGAAAAUCUAUGGAGUUAUUCUCAAUGCAUUCUUAUACGAAGGGGGUGAUGGUUUUUCUAUGUUCAAACCGUAUAAAGCUGUUGAUAUGAAGAUCAAAGAUUUAGACGCAGUGAUUAAUUACAUACGUCGCUUUGAAUCGAUCUAUCCAGCAAUCGAAGGACGAAUUAGAUUCAUUGGAGUGAACGGUGUAAUUGAUAACGUAUCUUCAUCUGCAUCGCGUGUAGUGAUGCCAUUUGCAGUUGUUGUUCUGAUUACAGCAAUCCUAUUGCUUACCAUUGGUUAGUCAAUUCUUAUCAAUCAAAUUUUUCACGUUGAAAUGUAAU